AUGAUCAGCUCUUUAUCUGUUUUCGAGGAGAAGUUUUAUUACUACUACUGUCUGGUGCACAUUCCGAUCACAGUGCUUGUGGACUCCAGUGUUGCUGUUCCGGACAAGUGGGUCCUGCUGCCUGGGCUAGUGCAAUGGCACAUACGCCAGAACAACGACUUCCUGCUGCAUGAGAAGCCCAUGUGGCUGCAGCUGUUUGUGUGGUGGGAGCUAGUCUUCCAAUUGCCGCUGUUCUUCUACUUCGCCCACCAGUUCAAGAAGAUCUGGGCCCUCAGAUCGAAAGAUACCAAAAACGCCAAGGCAGAGCGGGCCACCACGAAGAAGUCCCUGUACUUGUGGCUCCGCGUAUACGGGCUAAACGCCGCCCUAACCACCUGGAUAUGCAUAGUCGUGAUCCUCUAUAGGGGCUACUACCCGUUUACGCUGGACGCAUCCCGCAUCGCAGGAACCAAGCUGGAAGUGAGGGACACCCUGGCCCUUAUGGGCCUGUACUUGCCUACUUUCCUGCUCCCAUUGCGCCUGUGUAUGCUGCAACAGUGA